AGAAUGAGCACAAGAAAUCGUUCUUCAGCAACUGUGUUCAUCCUUGAGGGGCUAACCAGACAGCCAGGGCUCCAGCUCCCACUCUUCCUCCUAUUUCUGCUGAUUUAUGCACUCUCCAUGGCAGGAAAUCUGGGUUUGGUAUUUUUAAUCAGGAUCAGCUCUCAGCUUCAUACACCCAUGUAUUAUUUUCUCAGUAACUUAUCUUUUAUAGAUCUCUGCUACUCCUCUGUCAUAAUACCCAAGAUGUUGAUGAACUUUGUAUCAGAGAAAAAUUUCACAUCCUUUCCUGCAUGCAUGACUCAGCUGUUUCUGUUCUGUUUCUUUGGAAUCAGUGACUCCUACAUGUUGAAAGCAAUGGCAUAUGAUCGUUACGUUGCCAUCUGCAACCCCUUGCUCUACAAGGUCACCAUGUCCCACAGAGUCUGUGUGCUGCUGGUCACUAGUGUAUAUACUAUGGGGACCUUCGGGGCCUUGGUUCAUACAUGCUACAUAGCCAGUCGCUCCUUCUGCGGGACAAAUGUCAUCCACCAUUACUUCUGUGACAUUCUCCCUCUUCUAAAUAUAUCUUGCUCAAGAGACCACAUCAAGGAGCUUUUGGUGAUGAUUCUGGUUACAUUUAAUGUAUUUGCAUGUGCCGUAGCCAUCUUCAUCUCUUAUGCCUUCAUCCUUGCCAGCAUCCUGCGAAUACGUUCAGCUGAUGGUAGGUCUAAGGCCUUCAGUACCUGUAGCUCUCACCUUGCAGCUGUUGGGGUCUUCUAUGGCUCCAUCAUAUUCAUGUAUUUUAAACCAUCCACAGAUGACACAACCCAGGAAAAAGUGGCAUCUGUGUUUUAUACUACAGUGAUUCCCAUGCUUAACCCCCUUAUCUAUAGUCUUCGAAAUAAGGAUGUCAAAGAAGCCCUUAAAAAAUUUUGGAAUGGUGGGAUAUUGUAG